GUCUGGUCACAGAGGAUCCAAGAUGGCGACUCACAUGUCGAGGUGUAGAACCUGGAGUCGUGUUCAAAGGUUUGGGAUUGCAGCUUACAGAAAAUACAGCAGUGGCGGUGGAUACCCAAAUAUCUCCCUCUCUGCACCUCUGCCUGGGAUCCCCAAGCCAGUGUUUGCGUCUGUGGAUGGUCAAGAAAAAUAUGAGACCAGGAUCACUACUUUAGAGAAUGGCCUCAAAGUUGCCUCCCAAAACAAGUUUGGUCAAUUCUGCACAGUUGGAAUUUUAGUAAAUUCUGGUUCCAGACAUGAAGCGAAGUACCCGAGUGGAAUAGCACACUUUUUAGAGAAACUUGCCUUUUCUUCCACAGCUCAGUAUGGGAGUAAAGAUGAAAUUCUCCUCACGUUGGAAAAACACGGAGGGAUAUGUGACUGCCAAACAUCGAGGGAUACCACCAUGUAUGCAGUGUCGGCUGAAGUGAAGGGUCUGGACACGGUGGUCAGUCUCCUGUCUGAUGCUGUUCUACAGCCUCGCCUGUUGGAUGAUGAGAUCGAGAUGACCAAAAUGGCGGUACGCUUUGAAUUAGAAGAUCUAAAUAUGAGGCCAGACCCUGAACCGUUACUCACUGAGAUGAUCCACGCUGCUGCAUAUCGAGGCAACACGGUCGGACUGCCUCGCUAUUGUCCUGCAGACAAUGUGGAAAGGAUCGACAAGAGAGUUCUUCACAGCUACCUGCGUAACUACUACUGUCCUGAGCGGAUGGUGCUGGCUGGAGUGGGCAUCGAGCACGAGCAGCUGGUUGAAUGUGCCAGGAAAUACCUGCUGGAUACGAAGCCAGUGUGGGGAACAGGUGGAGUGGCCAACGUGGACCUUUCAGUAGCCCAGUACACUGGUGGCAUUGUCAAGAUGGAGAAGGAUAUGUCAGAUGUGAGCCUUGGCCCCACCCCGAUCCCAGAGCUCACACACAUCAUGAUCGGCCUGGAGAGCUGCUCCUUCCUGGAGGAGGAUUUCAUCCCUUUCGCGGUGCUCAACAUGAUGAUGGGCGGAGGUGGCUCCUUUUCUGCAGGAGGACCUGGGAAAGGCAUGUUCACCCGCCUGUACCUAAACGUGCUCAACAGACAUCACUGGAUGUACAAUGCCACCUCCUACCAUCACAGCUAUGAGGACAGUGGUCUGCUGUGUAUCCAUGCCAGUGCAGACCCCAGACAGGUGCGGGAAAUGGUGGAGAUAAUAACCAGAGAGUUCAUUCAGAUGGCAGGCAGCGCAGGAGAGAUGGAGCUGGAGAGGGCAAAGACUCAACUCAAGUCCAUGUUGAUGAUGAACCUCGAGUCGCGGCCGGUUAUUUUUGAAGAUGUUGGUCGCCAGGUUCUUUCCACAGGAAAAAGAAAGCUGCCACAUGAACUGUGUGAUCUAAUAAGCAACGUGACAGCCAGUGACAUUAAGAGAGUAACCACCAAGAUGCUGCGCAGUAAGCCCGCAGUAGCAGCUCUGGGAGACCUGACGGAGCUGCCCACGUACGAACACAUCCAGGCCGCCCUGUCCAGCAAGGAUGGACGUCUGCCCCGCAUGUAUCGCCUCUUCCGGUAGACCCCCAUCACCAUCGAGCCGGUCAUCACUGGCAAAAAUUACUGUAAAUAAACUGGACUGGAAGAUUACACUAGUGUUCCCUCCCACCACAGAACUCAGCACAGCUCACUCUGGGAGGGGACUAAUACCCGGGCUCUCGACUGAACGUCUGAGAGGGGGAAUUUUAAAGAAAAGUUACAUUUUACUCGCCAGUAACCGUAGUCUUCAUACAGUUGGGAGUAUCUGUAUUUAUUGUUUGUGGACAGGAAAGCCAUAUUUCCAUUUCAAAACUCAAACAUGAACCUGUUAUUUUAAGUUUGUGAAUGACAUUCUGUUAAAGAAUCUUAAAGGUUAGCUGUGGCUACCACCUCUUGUAGUGUAUACACUUGUUUUCUAUUGAGCUAUCAUUUUUCUCUCAGCUCGCAGAACCUCAGCUCUCUAAGAUUCACCAAGCUCCACCUCGAGCCUUCUCUUUUUUCACAGCGGAUUGAUCAGAAAACAGUUGAAAAUAUAAAUAUUUAUACCACAGCGCUUCAUAGUCACAGGCACAGUGAAGACUCUACACACAGUUAUGGCAAACCAAUUAAUAAAGGUGUCCUUUAAAAAUGUUGGAUGAAUGACAACUAUUGUAGCCAAUUUGUCCUCAAGACUGAAAUCAUUGUUUCAGAUGCACUGUUAAAAGACGGAAAUCUAAAGUGAAA